AUGGCCUGGCUCGGUCUUUUCGCCUACAUCAAAUUGCAAGUGCAAGUCUCUCUGCUAAGGUUCUUGCUGCGACUAAGAUCCUUCAAACAGCGACUUGCUAUCCGAGAUUUGCUCAAAAAGAGCUCAUCUAUAAAAAUUCCAUCUCGAGAUCGAGGCCGUUCAAUCUCCGCCAAUCUCUAUCUACCACCAAAGGUCGACCCGAACCCGAAAUUACCAUUUCCAGUUCUUAUUAACUGGCAUGGCUCUGGAUUCGUUUUACAGGGGCAUGGCACCAAUGCUGCCUUUUGUUCUCGCAUGGCCCAGGACGCCGGUAUCGCUGUCCUAGACUGCGACUACCGAAAAGCGCCAGAAUAUCCAUUCCCUGCAGCACCCAACGAUGCAGAGGAUGUUCUCAAGUGGGUCAUUAGCAAUCCACAAGACUUUGACCUCGAUCACAUUCUUCUAUGUGGCUUCAGCUCCGGUGCCAACCUUGCUCUCGUGACAUCGACAUCAUGGCCAGCUAAGCUUGAGCUCGAUCAUGGCGUUCGCGGGGUCGUUGCCUUCUAUCCGCCAACCGACCUGUCUAUUCCUGUUGAAAAUAGAUACCCGCCAAAUUCCAAGUAUCCUCGUGCGACUUGGCUGUAUCGACUGGCUUAUGAUUGCUAUAUCCCAUCGGCGGCAGAUAAGAAGGAUCCGCGUAUGUCUCCUAUGUAUGCUGAUGUGCAUGAGUUCCCAGCCCAUAUGAUGUUUGUGACGUGUGAUGGUGACGAGUUGUGUCCGGAGGCGGAGGCGCUUGGGCAAAAGGUGAAUGUUGGGUCUCGGAGUGUCGUGCUUCAUCGAGUCGAGGAUGUCAGGCAUGGAUUUGAUGGUAUUUGUCUUCCUGGGUCGCGCGAGGAGAGACUGCGAGAUGAGGUUUAUAUAUCUGUUGCGAAGACUAUCAAGGAAAUUGUGUCAAUCCCAUGA